GUGCUGUUAGCGAGCACAGCAUCUAUGAAGGCCGGAACGGCACAAGAGGGGGUGGGUGGGUGGCUGGCAACCACGCCCGGCCGCCUUUGUCUCCCCAGUGGCGAUGUUGACUCAUUUUGGGCCGAGUCGACCUAGGGGAGGCCCAGGACCGGUUCAGAUAAUCGUCACCGGUGUUGGCCGUGAACGGAAAUCGAACUCGGGUCUGGGUUUGUAGCGCAGCACGCUAACCGCUACACUACCAAUCCCCACCAUACACACACACUCUCUCUCUCUCUCACACACAUCCUAUAUAAACACGCACAUCCUGAUACACACAAAUCCUCUCCCACUCUCGCUCUGCUCACGCCGCGCUCACCAGCUCAGUGUUUGACUCUGAAAGUGGCCUUGCCUCACUGUCUCCUGCGGAGGUUACCCACCCACCUACCUAGCCACUCACUGAGCCACUCACUCACCUACCUACUCGCCUAUCCACUCACUCAUUUUCACCCAUGCACUCACCCACCCACUAACUCUCUUGCUCACUCAUUCUCACCCACUCACUCACCUACCCGGCCACCCACUAACCCGCUCUACCACUCACUUAUCUUACCCACCCACUUAUUCUCACCGAAUCACCUACUCAUCCUCACAAACCCACUCACUCAGCCACAAACCCGCUAUAGCAACCACUCACUCCUCUCCCAGUCACUCGCUUCACCCAAUCACCCGUCUGCUCACCUACCCAUCCAUUCACCUAGUCAUCCAGACUCACAAACCCACUCAACCACCCACUCACCCUCUCUACCAACCACUCACCCACCCACCAAGAUGGACAUCUGGGACGCGUACCGCGAGCUCACUGUUGGAAUAUCGGAGUUGGACUUCGAUGCCGAAGCUCAGCCGUCCCGCCUCCUCCUCACCCUGCCACACGCCUUCCCCGUGGCCGUCAACUCCUCCGACCAGGUGCUCAUCGCCGCCUCCACCCUGGGUUCAGGCCGUAUGGUUGUCCUCUCCCACGAGACCUACCUCUCCUCGCCCAAAUUCCACCACUUCGUUCUCAACUCCAUCGCCUGGCUCUCCUCUUCCCCCGCCUCCUCGCAUGCUGGCUCAAUCGCCCUGAGCCAGAGCCUGCUUGGAUCAGCACUGAGCCAGCUGCUGCUUAGGCAGGGGCUCGGCGUCAUCGAUGAGCCAUCGGAGCUGAGCGAGGAGGAGGAGAAUAAUGAGGUGGAGGUGGAGGAGAAACGGAAGGAGACGCAUGGGGGCAUCGCCGUCCUCUGCACGGACGCCUACGCCGCGCGGGACUGGGGGGCCCUGGAGAGAUUCGUGAGGCGCGGUGGGGGGCUGUUGGUGGGGGGCCAGGCCUGGUCCUGGACGACCGUGAACGGAAACCCCGCGGACCCCCUGGAUGGAUUCCCUGGUAACAGGGUCAUGGGAGCGGCCGGAAUCCUGGUGAGCCGGGACACGGCGGAGAAGGGGCCAGUGGUAGUGAGCGAUGAGGUGCCGGAGGCGGCGAUCUUGUACAGCUACAAGCCCUGCUAUGGCGCUGAUUACGAGCAGAUAGCAGCCGCUAUUGACUGUGCAGACAUAGCCCUGGGCACUGAGCACCCCUCGCAGGUGGUGGCCCAUGGCUCCAUGGCCUUCCCCCUGCUGGUGGACGGCGAGGGCCGCGCUGUGGUCGGAGCCUCGCGUCACGGGGCGGGCCGCGUUGUGGUGUUCGGCCACGAGACCAUCGCGGCCACCCGACUCAGCGCCCGCCCCGCCCUCGCCUCCGCACUCGCGUGGCUGGCAGGGGGGGGCGCCUCUCCCCCCUCCACGGGGCUGGCCAUGGUGGGGACCGUGGGGAUACGAGCCGGGUCCCACCUGGCUGGACUCAAGGAGACGCUUACAGACCUGGGAGUGCCUCGCGUUGUCGAAUUUGACUCGUUCCCCAGUGGUGCCCGGCCACCCAACCUCUCUGUGUUCUGUUGCCCGGCUUACGGACCUUUCAUUGGCUUGGAGGAAGAAAAGGGGGAUUUGGGGAGGGAUGGCGAGGAGGUGGAGGCAAUCCGAGAGUUCGUGGCACAGGGUGGUGGAGGGCUUCUCGUAGCGGGCCAGGCGUGGUGGUGGAGCUCUAGCCGUCCGGGGAUGUCUGCUGUGGACCUCUACCCUGGAAACCGCAUCAUCAACAGCAUGGGCCUCACCAUCACGGCCGUAGGCUGUGGUGAAGGCCGCCUCCUCCUCUCCGGGCGGCCUCUCCAGACGGUCCCUGCUCUUGACUGCCCUCGCUCUACUGCUCCCAUCUCCUUGCGCCUGGGCCUGCGUGAUUUUGCAUGUCACCUCACGAAGAAGUCCCAGCUGUCCGGGCCACGUCUCACGAACCUGGUCUCCCUCCUGCGAAGAGACCUGGUCCCCUUGCUCGGAAGUCGCGACCCGGCGUUUCGUCCGCUGCGGGCCAUUGUGUGGGACCUCCUCCGAGGGCCGCUGUGGCCCGACCUGGCUGCGGUUGGUCCAGAGAGGCCCGUGCAGGCCCACAACGUGGUGGACGGUCUGCUGGUGUCAUUGUUGACGGCCUUGUGCAAUGGUGGAGGUGGCGGAGGUGGACGAUGUGGAGGACACGGAAGAGGAGGAGAGGAGUUCUUCAGUCUCGGAGACAUCUUUCCAGGAAGACCUUUGGAGCCGACGUUUAGAGGUUGGCAAGAAGUCACCAUUGAUGUCUCUAGCAAGGAGGGGCUGACAUGGGUCAGCACCGGCCUCUACGCUCCACCUGCUCAGCGCGUGCUGCUCGACUUCCCAUCGCUCGCACUCGGCAGAGGUAUCCAGAUCCAGUUGGGAUGCCACACUGAUCAGCUGUACGGUUCAAAAACUAUGAAACGCCACCCGGAAGUUACCCGCAGCGUGCCGGUGGUGCGCCGAGAGAUGGACCGGGGAGCUAUGGAGGUGGCAUCAAGUUGGGGGGGGCUCUUGUAUUUGCUGGUGCCGGAGGGAGUGAGCCUGGGGAAGAUCCGCGUGAGGGUUAGGGGAGCGGUGAGAGCCCCCUACUUCAAGCUGGGUGAGACCAGCCUGCAGCGCUGGCAGGAGUUUGAACGGCACUACCCCGCUCCCUGGUCCGAGCUGGCCUGCGAUAGCCUCAUCCUCACGGUGCCGUCGGAGGCCGCGCGUGGACUGGCCGACCCCGAGAGUCUGAUGCGGCUGUGGGACCGCAUGAUGGGAGCCAUCGCCUAUCUGGCCGCCGAACCGCACCCGUCUGCGCGGCCGGAGCGAAUCGUGGUGGACGAGCAGAUCAGCCAUGGCUGGAUGCAUGCGGGAUAUCCCAUCAUGGUGCACCGCGGAUCCAUCCCCAAGCUUCUGAACGAGGAGGAGAUGCGUGCAGAGGGCAUGUGGGGACCCCUCCAUGAGCUCGGCCACAACCGCCAGCGGCCCGCUUGGAACUUCCCACCCCACACCACGGAGGCCACCAACAACCUCUUCGCCGUCUACGUCCAUGAGGAGGUGCUCGGGGUGGUGCGGGCGCGCGCCCACCCCGACUUGCGCCCUGCCGAGCGGGAGCGGCGCCUCCGCGAUCAUGUGGACGCGGGCAGCCCAAUCGCCGCGUGGACCGUGUUCACCUGCCUGGAGACCUACUUGCAGCUUCAGGAGGCCUUUGGCUGGGACCCCUUCGUGCAGCUGUUUGGAGACUACCAGCGGGCGGCCUCGACGCCCUCCACGAUGGAGGCCAAGAUGAGCGAGUGGGCUGAGCGGUUCUCACGCUGUGUGGGCCGUAACCUGGGCCCUUUCUUCUCUGCGUGGGGUUGGCGCCUGAGGCCUGGCCUGGAGGCUGCGCUGGCCACUCUGGACCCAUGGGAUGAUGACCCCAUGGUGGCUCUAGCAGCCCAUCCCAACGCUUAGCGGUCGUGAUGGUUGUGGUGAUGGUGGAGGUGGUGAUGGUGGUGGUUGUGAUGGUGGUGGUUGUGAUGGUGGUGCUGGAGGUGGGGGUGGAGGUGGUCAUGGAGGUGGCCAUGGUGAUGAUGGUGGUGUCGUAAACGGUGUAGUGGUUCGCGCCCUGUGCUACGAACCCAGUGACCUGAGUUCGAUUCCUGCUCACGACCACUACCAGUGACGAAUAUCUGAACCUGGUCCAGGGCUUCACUUAACUCAAUUCAGCCUUAAAUGAGUACUUGGUAUGGAGUGUAACCAUCAAGGAUAUAUGGGGGAUCUUUGCAUGUAGACGAGAAUGUAUGUGCAGUGUUUAAAUAUGGUGUAUACGCAAUCUUUCGGUGGCUAAUAACGUUGAAUUAUAAUCCAAUGCGCCUAUAUCUAUCCCUCUACUCGCUUUCAUGUAUGAACGUAUUUACAAUUACAUGACUAUUAAAAUAAAAGUUUGUAAAACAAAGCUAUUCUGAAAAACAUCAAUGUAAGAUGCCAUAACAUUACGUAGCAAAAAUGCAACGCUCUUCAUUUCGUACGUAGGCUUUCACGACCAAUGCUAGUUUCAUGGAGUACUCUGGAGUAGAUCACAGUACAGGCAUAUGCAAUGUCAAAUCUUUAACUGUAACCCUCCACCACAUGACGGAGGCAAUUACAUCUAAUUGCCGUGUGGGUACACACGCCAAUCGAUUUUGGUUUAUCAGCAAACCUCCGGAAAGUCGAAGAAGCAAGCAGAAUUUUGACGACAGCAUGUUUAUUUUUUGCAGUAGACUGCGCUUGGCAUCGUCAGGCGUUUAACCAAAGCUUAGCUCUUGUGCGGAAGCAUCUCCUAGUCCGGGUCCUUAAAUCGGUGCAGUUACAUCAACGGGGCAGACUGCUUAACAUUAAGAGUUCAUUUCUGGUUGAUAAAUGCUCGUGAUUGGCGGGUUAGAGUCGUGGUUAGUGAAAAUAGGCUAUCCUCUUAUAACAUGGUGUAUGGCGUUAUAAAGCUGGCGGUUAAUGCUGUUGUGAUUCUAGUUCAGCAUUAAUUGGUUGAUAGGGUUAGUUAAUUGAUAUUGUGGGGAUUGGUGCGAUUAGGAAUUAGUGACAGGUUGAUAGUAGAUAUUGUUGGUGUUAGGCUAUAAUACAUCAUCGAUUUAAGUGGAAAUGUAUCGAGCUGUUUACUAUCAUAAAUUGAGUUAAGUGUUCUGUAAUAAGAUCAAUUGUAUUCGCUCAGUUGGUUCCUCAGUUUUCACCCGUGGGGUGCUAUUAAAACAGAGUCCAGGAACUGACCCACCCCAAGCAUUAAUUGAUUAUUAAGAUUAAGAUAAAUUAAAUUAGCAUGAUGGAUGUUAGUACGACAAUGAUUUUAGUCAUAAUGGUUGAUUGGAGAGAUGUAUUAUGUUAUGCAUUUUGUGAAGUGUCAUUUAAUGUAGUCAAUACAAUUCAUUAAUUGUUUAUUCAUAAUUUAUAUCCUGGCAGUGCUCAUUCUGUAGCCAUCUGCUUGGUUGAAGUGUAUUUCAAUUUCUUUCAAUUUCAAUUGAUUUCCUACUUACUCUUUAGCAACAAUAAUUCGUUGCACGCAAGACUUUAACCUUAAAUAAUUCAAUUGUGCGCCCUUUCUGACAUCCAUGUUUUGCACACACAGAUAAAUGAGUAUGUGAGUACAGUAUUUGAUGUUUAGAUUUGAAGUUUUCGUGACUGCACGGAUCCAUACUCUUUGGUUCUUUCGGUAAUGUCACAUAGCUAUAAAAUGAA